CAUAUUCACUCAUUUAUUUAGUUAGGAAAAAGUAGUCGGAUUUAAAAUGCGAACCUAUUUGUCUGUCCCAGUGUUGUUAGGGCUGGUUUGCUUAGUGGAGCUACGUUCAAGCCGUGUAGCGAACUUGCCUAAACCGGAUGGGCGAAUUGUUGGGGGAUAUGCAGUGAAUAACAUCAGCCAGUUUCCUUUUCAAAUAUCACUACAGUUAUAUGGGUCCCACAUAUGUGGCGGUUCCUUAAUCAGUGAAGAAUGGGUGUUAACAGCAGCGCACUGUACUGUUGACUUCACGGCACCAGGGCUAAGUAUUCGGAUAGGAUCUCUACGUACUAACUCUGGAGGUGUGGUGGCUAAAGUGCUUAGAAUAAGUGAACAUCCGCAAUACAAUGAUACAAUUGCUGAUUACGACUUUUCGUUGCUGCAACUAAGGCCAUGGUCGUCCAAAGGAGUUGUGCACGCACCAGUCCGACUUCCGAAGCGAGGGGCAGAUGUUGCUGAUGGAACCAUAUUGACAACAUCUGGCUGGGGAAAUACGCAAAAUUCGUCGAUUUCGUCCGCAUCACUGCGUGCAGUUGAUGUACCGAAAUACAAUCAGGAAGAAUGCAAUCGGGCCUAUUCUCGAUUUGGUGGUAUAACAGCACGUAUGAUUUGCGCUGGCUAUGCACAAGGAGGUAAAGACUCUUGCCAAGGUGACUCAGGUGGACCACUCACAUUAAACGGAACUAUUGUUGGAGUUGUUUCCUGGGGAUAUGGAUGUGCUCAGCGUGGAUAUCCAGGAGUUUACGCCCGUGUAGCAUCUGCUCGAGAUUGGAUAACAUCUGUAACUGGAUUGUGAACGCAUAUAUA